GUUGUGAGAACCACCUUUAUCUGCUGUCAUCUUAAGCUAAAGCAAGUAAUUUUUUGAUAAUGAGAUAUAAGUUUCUCACUUUAUAGAAUGUUAAGGAGUGCUGGAUAGUGGAAAAUAAUGAGCCAAUAAACUUGCUGGUGUGUCGUAAUGAGAGUAGUGUUCCAAUCAGUAUUGCUUAUCAGGAGAAUGUACGGUGGUAUUUAGGAUCCAAUAGAAUCAGAUCCAGGGCACAGUAUGGAGGCAGUGAAGGAUGAGGAACGCUUGCGGCGUCUUCGACUAUUGGAAGAGAAACUAUGCGAUCCUCGCUCCACUGGCAACGUGGACUGCUUGCUCGACACUGUCACAGCGCUCGUCUCUGACUGCGAUCACCCGGCUAUUCGACGAAUGAAAAAUGUCGAAGCUUAUACGAGUCGAUAUGAAGAAUUUGCAUCUGACAUUAUUGACUUGCGUAUGAAGGCUGCGGAUUAUGAUCUAAUUAAAGUAAUAGGUCGUGGUGCAUUUGGUGAAGUUCAACUAGUCAGACAUAAAUCUACACGUCAGGUAUAUGCCAUGAAACUUCUUAGUAAAGUUGAAAUGAUUAAAAGAUCAGAUUCAACAUUUUUUUGGGAAGAGAGACAUAUAAUGGCUCAUGCAAAUUCCGAAUGGAUUUUGAAACUUCAUUUUGCUUUUCAAGAUCAUAAAUAUCUCUACAUGGUAAUGGAUUAUAUGCCUGGUGGCGAUCUAGUGAGUCUUAUGUCUAAUUAUGAUAUACCUGAAAAGUGGGCUAAAUUUUAUACAAUGGAAAUUGUACUAGCGCUAGAUGUUAUUCAUGGUAUGGGGUUUGUUCAUAGAGAUGUUAAACCUGACAAUAUGCUAAUUGAUAAGUAUGGCCAUUUGAAGUUAGCAGAUUUUGGUACAUGCAUGAGGAUGGGGCCCGAUGGCCUAGUUCGGGCUAGUAAUGCUGUAGGUACUCCAGAUUACAUUUCUCCUGAGGUGUUACAAUCACAAAAUGGGGAAGGUGUUUAUGGGCGUGAAUGUGAUUGGUGGGCGGUGGGAAUAUUUUUAUACGAAAUGUUAAUAGGAGAUCCACCAUUUUAUGCUGAUAGCUUAGUAGGUACGUAUGGAAAAAUUAUGGACCAUAGAAAUUCUUUACAAUUUCCUGACGAUGUAGAAAUAUCAAAAGAAGCAAAAUCACUUAUUAGAGGACUCUUAACAGACAGAGUAAAAAGACUUGGUAAGAAUAGUGUAGAUGAAAUAAAACAACAUCCCUUUUUUAUAAACGAUCAAUGGAGUUUUGAUAAUUUAAGAGACUCUAUACCACCAGUUGUGCCAGAUCUAUCCAGUGAUGAUGAUACACGUAAUUUUGAUGAUAUUGAAAAAUCUGAUGCUUUGGAUGAAUCAUUUCCAGUUCCAAAAGCAUUUGUUGGAAAUCAUUUACCAUUUGUAGGAUUUACUUAUAAUGGAGAUUAUCAGCUCUGUGGAGGUAAACUUAAACCUGCUGAUGUGGUAGAUACAAUAUCUAAUAAUCACAUUAAUAAUGUUGGAUCUGAAGCAAUACUUCAACUAGAAAAAUUAUUGGAAAGAGAAAGAGAUGGAAAACGUAAACUUGAAGAUAGACAAGCAAUACUAUGCGCUCAGUUGGAAGAUUUCUCGCAAAGAGAAGCCAGGAGUAAAAAAAUUAUAGCUGAUACUGAUAAAGAGUUGGCACUUUUAAAACAUGAUCUUAAGGAAAUUCAACGUAAAGCUGAAAUGGAAGCUGAUGCUAGAAGAAAGAUGGAAUUAAACUAUGGUGAUGUAAAACGUCGUUUAGAAGAUGAGCAGAGUAAGAGAGUUAAGGAAAUGAGUAAUUUACAGAUGUAUAAUGAAAAAAUUAAUGCAUUGGAAAAACAGUUAACAGAAAUGCGUGAGAAAUUAAAACAGGAGUCUGAAGCUGCUGCUAAAUCACGCAAGCAAGCAGCGGAACUGAGUGCAGCACAAGCUGCUGCUGCUGCUGUGAGUGAUGGCACUGUAGCUAGUUUGCGAGCACAGAGGGACACUCUUGAAAGAGAGUGUAGUACUUUGUCAGAAGAGCUCGGUACGGUUAAGGCAGCUAAACAAAGGGCGGAGGCUUCCGUAAAUGAAGCAACUAGUCGGUUGAACGCUGCACAUGCUGAGCUGGAACGGUCAUCGGCAAGAUUAAACCAAAUAAUAGCUGACAAUCGACAACUUUCGGAGCGUGUUUCGUCUUUGGAAAAGGAGUGUGCAUCGAUGUCUCACGACUUGAGAACCACUCAACACAUGUACCAGCAAGAAGUAAGGGCGCAUCAAGAAACGCAGCGUUCUCAGUUGCUUUCUAAGCAGGAAGCCAACUUAGAGCUGGUCAAGGCAUUGCAAGGCAAACUAAAUGAAGAGAAAACUGCACGACAACGAGCUGAGUCAGUUUCUCAAGAAAAAGAUCGUCAAAUGUCAAUGCUCAGUGUCGACUAUCGACAAAUGCAACAGCGGUUACAAAAAUUGGAGGGUGAACAUCGACAGGAGAGCGAAAAGGUGGUGGGCCUGCAGGCGGCGCUGGAGCAGGAGCGCGCGGCGCGGCUGGCGGCCAGCGCGGAGACGGCGGCCGCGGAGGCGGCCAGCCGCGCCGCGCAGGCGGAGCGCGAGGCGCGCGCGCGCGACCUGCACGCCGCGCGCGCCGCGCUGCACGACACCUCCGAGAAGCUGGCCGCCGCCGCCGCCGAGCGCGACAUGCACUACGUGCGGAGCGAGGAGUUGCGUACGCAGCUGGAGAACGAGCAGCACUACUGCGUGGCGUACCGCACGCAGGCGAGCGAGCUGCGCGCGCAGCUGGAGGAGAGCACGCGGGCCGCGCGCGACCUGGAGCAGGAGCGCGCCGGCCUCAUGCACCAGCUGCAGCUGGCCAUCGCGCGCGCUGACUCGGAGGCCAUCGCCCGGUCGAUAGCGGAGGAGACGGUGGGCGAGCUGGAGAAGGAGAAGACGAUGAAGGAGCUGGAGAUGCGCGACGCGCUGGCGCAGCAUCGCAACGAGCUGGCGGCGCGCGACGCGCUGCUGCAGGGCCUGCGCGACCGCGACCACGAGAGCCGCGCCACCAUCGACCUGCAGCGGAAGGAGGUCGAUGAGUUACGUCGUAGUGGCACAUCACUUGCAGAACGAGUCGCAAGCAUGCAACGCUUACAAGAGGAUGUGGACCGCCUCACCAAGAAGCUCAACUCCGAGAUCAUGCUCAAGCAGCAGGCCGUCAAUAAGCUGGCCGAGAUCAUGAACAGGAAAGACAUGAACCCAGCGUCCACAAAGAACAAGAGCAAGAUGUCGGUUCGGAAGGACAAGGACUACCGCAAGCUGCAGCAGGAGCUGACGCGCGAGAAAGAGAAAUCAGACCAACAUAUCGCCAAGUUGCAGCGAGACUUGCAAGACGCGCAGCAGCAACUGCUGGAGGAACAGCAGACGAGGCUGCGGUUCGCUAUGGAGGUGGAUAGCAAAGACGCAGAAAUCGAACAGCUGAAAGAGAAACUCGCGGCGCUAACAAGCGAGACCGCGUCUCAGUCGUCCGCCGACGCCGAAGACGGCGAGACGGAACAGACCCUCGAGGGCUGGCUAUCCGUGCCCUUCAAGCAGAAUAUACGCAGACACGGCUGGAAGAAACAAUACGUUGUCGUAUCCUCGAAGAAGAUCAUAUUUUACAACUCGGAGAAUGAUAAGCAGAACACCACUGAUCCGGUCAUGAUACUGGAUUUGAGCAAGGUGUUCCACGUGCGGUCGGUGACGCAGGGCGACGUGAUCCGCGCGGACGCGAAGGACAUCCCGCGCAUCUUCCAGCUGCUGUACGCGGGCGAGGGCGAGGCGCGCCGGCCCGGCGACGCGCAGGACCAGCCGCCCGACGCGGCGGACCACGCCGGCAACACGGUGCAGCACAAGGGCCACGACCUGGUCAGCAUCACGUACCACAUCCCCACGGCGUGCGAGGUGUGCACGCGCCCGCUGUGGCACAUGUUCCGCCCGCCGCAGGCCUACGAGUGCCGACGGUGCCGCAUGAAGAUCCACGCGGAGCACGUGGCGGAGGGCGAGGGCGUGGCGGCCUGCAAGCUGCACGCGGACCGCGCGCGCGAGCUGCUGCUGCUGGCGCCCGGCGCGCCCGAGCAGCGCCGCUGGGUGGCGCGCCUGGCGCGCCGCGUGCAGCGCUACGGCUACCGCGCCGCGCACACCAACCACGACCACACCAAGCUCUCGCCCAGGGACUCGAUGCGGUCGAACCUCAAGGCGGCGUACAUGAACGCGUCGCAGCGCAGCUCCACGCUGCCCGCCAACGCGUCGCUGCCGCGCCAGUGACGCGCCAGUGACGCGCCAGUGACGCGCCAGUGAUGCGCCAGUGACGCGCCAGUGACGCGCCAGUGACGCGCCGCGGCCGCCACUCGCGGACACGUUCUCGGUAUUCUGACGAAGGAUGUAACCCUUACAUGCUCGAUAAAAAAGGAAAAAAGUAAAGUAUUAACAUGUAAAAGACCAACUUCGGACUCGCAAAAGAGUUUCAUGGUUUAAAAAGCAACAGAAAUUUACAAAAGUAAUAAAGAGCUAAAAGUCUUGCAAGCUGACGUAAUAACAACGUAUUUUAUACACAGUCAUUUGUACAAAAGUCCUUAAUACCAAACUUCUAUCGUGCUCUACAUAUUACACAACGCAUAUAAGGGUUAAAGCUUAAAUUUUUAGUACAGAAUAGUACUGAAUAGUCUCGUUGACGCCCCGUUUUGUUUCGUUUAUAUGACUUUCUAAAGAGCAUGUAUUUAAUAAACGUUUUGCCAAAUUUUUUUGUAAUCAAAACGACAUACCACGUAAUUAUCCCCAUACGCCUAUGCGAAUCUGUAAUAUAUAUUUUUAUUGAAAUUUUAUAUAUUUUUCAAACAAUGAACAUAAUUUUUUUACCUCGAAUAUAGAAUUUAAAUUACUUACUUGUAUAUUAGCUAGUCUCAUUUAAAUUAUGGCCAAAAUUUAAAUAAUCGAUUAACAUUGUUGAAAUGACGUUUCGUUCUUUAAAAAGCGUACUAAUUUAAAAAAUUGUUAUUAUAUAAAAAUAUGUUUGAAAAA